AUGUCUGAUGCUAUUUAUAAUGAUGUGAUCAGAACUGAGUCUGAGAGAGUGGAGAUGAUGGUGGCUAUCUAUGAGAGUGCUGAUUGUGUGAGAGAUCAUGACUUCAGGACAGAGACAAACACACACCAACCACUACAGCGUACAGGAAGUGAUUCAGUGAAGAGCAGAAGCUCCAGAGCAGCUGUAGUGUGUUUGGUUCUGCUGUGUGUUCUUCUGCUGACUGCAGUCAUAGUGCUGUGUGUCCACAUCCAUACAAACAACACAAACUACACACAAGAGAGAGAUCAGCUACUAACCAAGAUUAACAACCUCACAGAAGAGAGAAACCAGAUGUUGACCAACAUUACCAACCUCACCGAUGAGAGAGACCAGCUACCUAAAAUACUUGAACUGUUUGUGUUUACAGAUGAAUGGUUAUACUAUAAAUUUAGCUUGUACUACAUUUCCUUUGAGAAGAAGAGCUGGACUGAGAGCAGAAGAUACUGUACAGAGAGAGGAGCAGAUCUGAUCAUCAUAAACAACAGAGAGGAACAAAAUUUGUUUAGGAAAAUGUCUGAUGGUGCUAAAGUCUGGAUUGGUCUGACUGACAGUGAUGUGGAGGGCAGCUGGAAAUGGGUUGAUGGCAGCACACUGACCACUGGGUUCUGGGGUCAUAAAGAGCCAAAUGGAAAAAGAGGAGAGAACUGUGCUCUAACUUACAAUCACGGUGGAAUGAUUAUCCAUGUUCAGAAACUUUUAAAUGGAUCUGUUCAUGAGGUGCACCUUUGA